AUAGAAACAACUUAAAAACUGCAUGAGUGUGUCUACUUCUUCUGCAAGUGCAUUGGAGGAAACUACAUCUUGUCAAAAUGAUAUAUUCUCUAAGGUGAAGGGAUCUGACAAGAAAGGGAGGGUUCGCUGCUUAGGCAAGGUCCCAACUUCCAAAAAAUCUAUCCCUUCCACCUCUACGAACAGCAAUGUUGAGCAAAGGUUGAGUGAGGUAGAGAAUAUGUUGAGUGGAUUAAUGCAGCUAAUGAAGGCAAGAUUCCCUAACGAGAAUAUCACAGAUAUUUUACAAGCUGCCAACGAAUUAGCUGCUGCCAACAGAUUGGAUAGAGAGGUUUCGGAUGCUAACAGUGGGCAAGCUUUUUCCCUAAAUAAUCGUUCCUCUUCACAUUCAAGCUAUCACCUUUUGUCUCACCAAAAUGAGGGUAAUGAAGAAAAUGAUAGGCAAAGGGACUGAAAGGCAUGUUUGUAUCUCUUCUUGGAUCUAUAAUUUCUAGUGACAAGCAUUUAAUUGAACUUCUUCAGAUUCGGCAAUUUUUUUUUUUUGCCUAGAUCUACUGUUUUGAGAUUGAUAUAUAUCUAUGGAAUUCCUCUUUUAUGGUUGCCAAUUUAGUGCAUCAAUUAACUAUUUUUUUUUUG